AUGGCUACCGCUGGUCUCCGCCCGGCUGACCCUCUGGGGCUGGCAGCCAGCAGGAGCGUAGUCCAGCCUCUCCCCACGUCCUUGAGUCGUGUCCACACGAGCACUCCCUUUGCCUGCAGUCCCGUCCAGCCGACGCUGACCUCUGCAACAACGUCGGUACACGGCCUUCUCAAUCGCUCUCUGGUCCUGCCCGCCAGCCACCAGCCGGCCAGCAUGUUCGGGAUCUGGGGGACCUUCAGCAGUGUGGUUUUCUACCUCACCCUGGCCGUGGGCCUCGGGGGGCUGCUGGGCAACGCGCUGGUGCUUUGGCACCUCGGCUUCCACAUCAAGAAGGGCCCCUUCGCCGUCUACGUGCUCCACCUGGCCGCCGCGGACUUCCUGUUCCUGGGCUGCCAGCUGGCCUUCUCGGCCGUGCAGGCGGCCCUGGGCUCCGAGCACAGCCUCUACUUCGCGGUCACCUUCGUGGCCUUCUCCGUGGGCCUCUGGCUGCUGGCGGCCUUCAGCGCCGAGCGCUGCCUCUCCGACCUCUUCCCCGCCUGCUACCAGGGCUGCCGCCCCAGACACACGUCGGGCGUCGUCUGCGGCCUCAGCUGGGCCCUGGCCCCGCCGGCCGUGCUGCUGACCUCCGACGCCUGCGGCCUUCUGCGCAAGAGCGCGCGCCCGCUGGCCUGCCUGCGCCACCACGCGGCCAGCGUGGCCGGGCUGUUGGCCCUGGCCUGCGCGGCCUUCGCGGCCGGCCUGGUCCUCUUCGUCUGGGUGGCGUGCUGCUCCCAGCGCCAGCGCCCGCGGUUCUACGGCGCCGUGCUGGGCUCCGCGCUCCUGCUGCUCGUCUGCGGCCUCCCCUACCUCCUCUGCUGGACCCUGCUCCCGUACGUCCCGAGCUUCCUGCUGUCCACCUUCUUCCCGCUGGCCACCCUCCUGGCCUGCGUCCACUGCAGCGCCAGGCCCCUCAUCUACUUCACGGUGGGCCGGCAGCCGGGCCGGCAGGAACCUCUGCGGGCGGUCCUUCGGCGCUCCCUGGGGGAGGGCGUCCAGCUGGGGGGCCAGAGGGGUCUCCCUGCUCAUGGGCCACGUACCCUCCAGGACUCCACGUCAUUCCCCGGCUCACCCACUCUGGGGACCCAAGGGCUGGGGGCCGGCCAGGUGACCUCCAGCAAGUCGCCUGACUGCGGGGAGCCUCGUCUGCAGAAGGAGAAGCAGAGUACAUCUCCGACCUGGAGUCCGAGGAAGGAGGCAGGAGGCCAGGCUGGCAGAGGGCGGACCGUGACCUUCCUGACCUUCAAGCUCCCCGGUGCCCGCCCGCCCCGGCUGAGCACCCGGAGGGACUCCCUGCCCAGAGCAGCCUCCCACCCACCUCGCGCUGCAUUUCCUGGGCUCGUGUUUGAGCUUCUCAGUGUCCGCGUGUCUCACUGGAACAGAAGGGGCCUCCCGGGCCGGCAGGGCCCCUCCGACAGGGAGAAGGCGUCUGCAGCCCUCGGCUCUGGGCCCCCUCCUAGCCUGCAGGAGCUGAGCGUUUGCAGACGAGCUGGACCCCUGCUGGGCCGCAGCGAGCUGGACCCCUCGGGCAGCUGA